CGAGAUCUUGACCAGAAUGCAGUUGCUGUGCUACUUCGUCAUACUUUUCGUUGGAAUCGCACCGUGGUCAUCAUUGGCCAACGACGAUGGAUGCAACGAGGUGGUCUGCGGAUCGGUGGUGUCCAAGUGCCUCAUCACCCAGAGCUGCCAGUGCAAGUUGAAUGACUGCCACUGCUGCAAGGACUGUCUGAAUUGCCUUGGCGAACUGUACAUCGAGUGCUGUGGCUGCCUCGACAUGUGUCCCAAGCACAAGGAUGUCCUGCCCUCGCUGACGCCGCGCUCGGAGAUUGGCGACAUUGAGGGAGUGCCCGAGCUGUUCGACACUCUAACCGCCGAGGAUGACGAGGAAUGGUCCACCAUACGGUUCUCCAUGCGAGCCGGCUUCAAGCAGCGCGUCCAGGGCGGCGCAGGCGGUGAUGCCGGAAACGGAAAUGGAAAUGCCGGGGCUGCAGGUGUCACCCUAUGCACCGUGAUCUAUGUGAACUCGUGCAUCCGGGCGAACAAGUGCCGGCAGCAAUGCGAGAGCAUGGGAGCCAGUAGCUAUCGAUGGUUCCACGACGGAUGCUGCGAGUGCGUCGGCGAGAAUUGCCUCAAUUACGGAAUCAACGAGAGUCGCUGCCGCGGCUGUCCGGAGGAUCAGGAUCAGCUGCUCACCGCCGAUACCGUUCCGGCGGAGGCUGAACAGGAUCUGGAGCGAUUCUUUGGCAACGAGGAGAUCGAGGACGAGUGGGGCUAUGGCGAGGAGGAUGAAUUUUCCUAAUAGCACAGACAAUUUCAAAUAAAUGUGGCUCUCCAAUUUGGAGCUUGGAGCUCAUCAUGCCAAAAGAUCUCUUUGUAAAUAUCCAUGUAAAAAUACCAAAUGCCUUGCUAAUUUAAGUUCAUAUUAAAAAAGACAGCAAUAAACUUGGAAAUUAUAAAAAUA